AUGGCAUAUCAUAAUAGUGCCAAGAGUAGCGGACCCGCUACUAGAAUAUCCACCCUCUCCUCACAGAGUGCCCCAUCCCAUCCGGAAAUAUCCCAUCCUUCCGAACUUCCCACGCUGGGUCUCUGCACCUCGCUGCCGGGCUCGGUCUCGACCUUCGACUAUAUGCAACCCAACGCUUCCUUUGAUUAG